ACCAUAUGCACAGACUAGUAAACGUCUUCUCUCUCCAUUCAAUUCCUGCUUAAUUAAUCCAUUAUUACCUCCAUGCCACAUCUCUCUCUCUAGCUUGUCUAUGUCACUGAUCAGUGAAAUCAUUAUUCCACACGCUCAUGCUACUAGCAACAAGUGGCAGCCGUUCUGAUAGAAUAAACCCUAAUCGGUGCCGGUUGGUAACCCCACAAGCUUAACGUGUCGACGAUGAGGGAGCUGAUGCGGAGGAUGAGCUUCUCUGACCGCGUUGGCGGCGGCGGCGGCGGCGACGGCGGCGGCGGCGGCGCGGCGGCGGCCGUGAAGCGCGGGCUGAUGAGGAGGCUGAGCUUCUCGGACCGCGCGGGCGGCGGCGGCGGCGGCGACGGCGUGCCGCGCGGGUGCGUGCCGGUGAUGGUGGGGGACAACGGCGGCGACGGCGAUGGCGGCGGCGGCGGCGGCGAGCGGUUCGUGGUGCGGGUGGAGGCGCUGCGGCACCCGGCGUUCGCGGCGCUGCUGGAGAAGGCGGCGCAGGAGUUCGGGUACAAGCAGGAGGGCAUCCUCCGUGUGCCCUGCGACGUCAGCCAUUUCCAGCAAGUCCUCCACGCCGCCACCGCCGCCGCCAAGAGCUAAUUAAUCCGUUGUUAUUAACCGCGAUCUCAGCUCGAUUAAUUGAUGAAUUAAUUGAGCAAAUUAAGCAGAUGAGAUGAGAGAUGAGAGAUCUCGAUCGACUUCUCUUCAAUUGAGUUUCUGAAAAAUUAUAGUAGGAUGUUGAUUAACUAUUCAGUAGCUUAGUUAGUGCUGAUGAAUGCCAAAUCGAUCGAGAUAUAGACUCGGUGACUUCUCAAGUGGUCUUUAAUUUCUCCUUUGGUAUUCAUCCAUGUCUUACCUAUGGUUAUUAAUAUUAUGUGCUGAUUGCAAUCGAUAUGAUCC